AUGUCUACUUUCUCCAAGAAUCUUUUCGACGUGCUUGCCGAACAAGACAACACCCCUGUCAAGGCAGAAUCCCCUGCUCCUGCUGCCGCUGCCGCUGACAAGAAGAAUGCUCCUAAGGCCAAGGAAGCUCCUAAGGGCGAAAAGAAGGCUCGUCGCCACGGUGACCGCCCUACCAAGGAUGGUCGUCCUCGUCGUGGUCGUCAAUUCGACCGCCACUCUGGUACUGGCCUUGUUGACUCUCAAAAGAAGAUCAACCAAGGUUGGGGUAAGCCCGGAAAGGCUGAAGUUGAAGCUGCCAAGGAUACUCUUAACCCUGCUGAUCCCGAUGCUCCCGAACAAGAAGCUCCUGCCACCCCCGUUGAACCCGAGGAAAAGGUCAAGACUUUAGAUGAAUACUUGGCUGAAAAGGCUGCCAAGGCCUUGAAGGUUGCUCUCCCUGAAGUCCGUAAGGCUAACGAUGCCGAUGAAGCCGCUUUUGCUGGUGCCGUUGUCCACACCAAGGCUGAAUUAGAAGAGUUCUAUGUUUCCAAGGAAACCAAGACCGUUACCAAGAAGACCGAAAAGUCUCGCAAGGAAAAGGUUGUCAUUGACAUCGAACAACGCUUCCAAGAAAAGCCCCGUAACGACUUCCGCAAGAACGACCGUCGUGGUGGCCGUAACGGUGGCCGUAAGUCCGCCAAGUCUAACUUUGCUGCUGUCAACAUUCAAGAUGCUGCUGCCUUCCCCUCUCUCGGUGCUACCGCUUAA